CAUCCCCCUCCUAUUCUCCUAUUCUCCGCUUCCUAUAUCUGAAUAUCUCCUCCUCUUUUUAAUUUCCGUUCCGUUCACCGUAUUUAUUUAUUUCCGGCUACCAUGAUCAGAAACACCCCACGCCUUCGCGGUUUAAUCCAGUCUUCCUUAUCAAAGGUUGGUGCAAGAUGCUUAACGGCACAGGCUGCAACUGCGCUUCGAGAAAGUGAACCUAUGUUCAGAUACGAGGAAUAUGCUGAUAUUGACUGGAAUAACCUCGGAUUUGGUCUUACACGAACCGAUUACAUGUAUACGGCUAAAUGCAAAGAAAACGAAAGUUUUCAACAGGGCCAAUUACGCGAUUAUGGCAACGUAGAGUUAAGCCCAGCUGCUGGAGUUCUAAACUAUGGCCAGGGACUUUUUGAAGGUACAAAAGCUUAUAGGGGAGAGAAUGGUCGAGUUUUCUUAUUUCGGCCAGAUCAAAAUGCUAUUCGUAUGCAAAUGGGAGCCGAGAGAAUGUGCAUGCGCUCCCCAUCUGUACAACAAUUUGUAGAUGCGGUGAAACAGACAGCUUUUGCUAACAAACGUUGGAUUCCUCCCCCAGGAAAAGGAUCUCUUUACAUUAGGCCUUUGCUCAUUGGAACUGGGCCUAUAUUGGGCUUAUCUCCUUCUCCCGAGUAUACGUUCUUAGUAUAUGCUUCCCCUGUUGGCAAUUAUUUUAAGGAGGGUACAGCACCAUUGAACUUAUAUGUUAAUGACGAGUUUCAUCGUGCAACUCGGGGUGGAGCAGGAGGUGUCAAGAGUAUUACAAAUUAUGCCCCGGUACUACAAGCGAUAUCAAAAGCAAAGGCACAAGGGUUUUCGGAUGUAAUAUACCUUGAUUCAGUCCACAAAAAAUAUGUUGAGGAGGCCAGUUCUUGUAAUAUGUUCCUCGUCAAGGGAAAUGUUAUUUCAACUCCUGCAACCGUUGGUACUAUUCUCGAAGGAAUCACAAGAAAAAGCAUCAUUGAUAUUGCACGUGACUCUGGAUACAAGGUCGAGGAACGUUUAGUCACAGUAGACGAAUUGAUGGAAGCCGAUGAAGUUUUCACUACGGGAACAGCUGUUAGUAUUGCUGCCGUUGGUAGUAUUACAUACAAUGGUCAAAGAAAGGAGUAUAAAACUGGCGAUGGACUCGUGAGCAAAGACUUAUAUAAAACACUAGUAGGGAUUCAACUUGGAAAGAUCGAAGACAAACAUAACUGGGUUGUUCAGCUAGAUUAAUUAUCCAUUAAAAUUUUUAUUUGUGUAAACUGGAAAGAAAUAUUCAACAAGAAAUAUAAAAAUCAAAGGGGAAGUAACUGAUAUACCCUUAUACAUAUAUCAUUUUCUAUGCCUGUAAAAAAAAGUUUUCAUUUUGUGAUGUAAUUUACAUUAACCAAAUUUUCAUUAA